UAAGAGUUAAAUUUAGUCCAGUUUGCCUCUCACAUUAUAUUCAAUCCCACUUAUAUCUGAUGAUUAAUUCUUGUCAUGCAAUUGUCACGCCUUAGUAAUGGCAGAUUAAACCUGAUCUGUCAACAGCCAGAUAUUAGACUCACAGCACACAUUUAUAGAAGCCCAACUCACCCCCCAAAGACCUCAUGUGAGACAAGUCCAUUUGGUCAUCAGCUUUACUGACGAGCCCCAACAGCUGUGGUUUGAGUCUGGCCUCUCAGCAUAAAUACUAGGACUCUAGGCAUUUGGUUCCUUUUAUCCAUGCACAAGCACAGUGCUGCACAGAGACCUUAAGAAUCAAGAACGAACUGGGCCAGGUCUCUGUUCUAUACUGUUAACGAUUUUUACACUGAGUGUAAGAGAUAAUCUUGUGUCAUUUUUCAUUUUAUUUGUCCAUUAGCAGUGGAUACCGGACAAAAUGCAGAAGGAAACCAAGACAAAAAUCUUGUUUUUUGUGAUUAUGGUAGGCUCAGUGUGCAUGUUAACAGCAGUGGUGACAGACCACUGGGCCGUUUUGAGUCCUCGAGUGGAGAAUGUAAACACAACAUGUGAGGCAGCCCACUUUGGCCUUUGGAAACUUUGUAAGAAACACAUCUAUAUUGAGGAUGCGGAAUUCAUUGGUAAAGGCUGUGGACCUAUCAGCUUACCUGGGGAAAUCAACUGCUCUUACUUCAGACACUUCACACCAGGGGAAGAUUCUGAGAUCUUUGAAGUUAAAACUCAAAGAGAAUACAACAUCUCAGCAGCUGCCAUAGCCAUCUUCAGUCUUGUCUUCAUGAUUCUGGGCACAUUGUGUGUGUUGGGUUCCCUCAGAAAGGGAAAGGACUAUCUGUACAAGCCUGCCGGCAUGUUCUUUGCUUUUGCAGGUCUGUGUGCUAUCAUCUCAGUAGAGGUAAUGCGUCAGUCAGUCAAGAGGAUGAUAGAAAGUGAAGACACUAUCUGGAUCGAAUAUUACUAUUCUUGGUCUUUUGCAUGUGCGUGCACGGCUUUUGUCCUGCUCCUUCUCGGUGGAAUUGGUCUGCUGUUCGUCUCCAUGCCACAAAUGCCUAGAAAUCCUUGGGAAACCUGCAUGGAUGCUGAGCCCGAACAGAUAUAGAGCAGGAAUUCCGGAUGAAAGCAGCUAAACUAUUGUCUCACAAUAUAUCUUAGACCUCGUUGAUACAAUGUCAGAGCUUGACAAGCAGAGGUCAUAAAAUUGGCUCAGUAACGUCCUUUUUCCCCCUUGCAAACUGGCACUGAAGAAUGUAGGUGUGUAACACACCCUUUUACAUCAGACCAUGCCAGCAAAUAGCCAAGCUUUUUGAUCUUUAUAUUAUUAUUAUUUACAUAUAUGUAACACACGUUUCACAUCACAGUGUAUUAAAUCUUUGAAAUGUAAUAUGAAGAGUGAAGCUGGCUUUAUGAUGCUAGAACUUUUCUGUAAUUAUGCUGUGCAUUAACAGACAUACAGGGAAAGUUUACAACACUGGGAUGGUUUAAAUGGAGAAGGGUUGCAGAAGAAUUGUGAUUGUGAGCUUAUUGAAAGAUUGAAAAGAUUAUUAACAUCUGACUAAAAUUUUGAUGAUGAUGUAUUUGGAAAAGUUCAUCUGUACUAAUAUGCAGAUAGUAAAUAAUAAGAAAAUAAAUCUCAAUAUGCAGUGGUGUAAUGCCACAAGAUUUUGCUCCAGAAAGCAUAAUUCAUGUCCUGUAAAUGGAUUUCAUUUUAUUUUUUAAGAUGUGUGACUGCUACUUUGCUUUUAUUAAUAGUCAUUUUAACAAUAAUUAUCUUUUGCCUGGGCACAAUGAUGUUCUCAACUGGUUACUGAAUGCUUUGCCAGACAUUUUGGAAUAAUCUCAGAUCUUGCCGGUGCAAAGAAAAUGACAUCAAACUUACUCUUAUGGGAAACAGUAAAACUAUUCUGAGACUUUCCAAGUCUACAGCUUCCUGAAAUGCACCCACAAACUGCGUUUACAAGCUUGAAAUGGAAUGGUGUGCUCAUUAUCUUUUGAGAAGAAUGUACUUCUGUGAUUUAUAAUUUAGGACCCUCUCAGGAAUUGUGGUCAUUUUUGAGUCUGCACAAGCCUGGUUUAUCUUUGUAUCAAGCUGUAACCUGUAGAUCAGAAUUUACUGUCUAUUUAAAUUAAUCAGGCUAUUUGAAAUUAAUUGAAAUACUGUAGAACUUUUUUUAAUCUGGUCCUCAACGAACUCUUUUAUAAAGUUGGCAAUAGGAUUUAGAAUGUGGGGAUCACUGUCAGUAACAAACACCAAUAGCGUGUCAGAGCCAUAGCCUUGCGGGAAAUGCUUGGGUAACCAAAAUUUGAGUCCCUGCUUGUGGUCCUUUCCUGAUCAUGUUCCUCUCACUUCUCUCCUAUGACUUUCUGUCAUUGCUUUGAAGUAACUAAAAAACUAAAAAACCAAACACCAGCUGGGUGAGCAUACUGACAACAAAAAGCAAAAACUUUUUUUUAUAUGUAGCGUUAGUAGUGGCAGUUUGAAUUGGUCUUACAAUGUCAUUUUACCACAUGCUAUGGCAAAUUAAUAAAAACCAUGUUUAAUUUGACAGAUAAAGCUUUGGUGUUAUUAUUUUUUUAAUGUUAUUUGCAUGUAGAACAAGAGACCAUGGAUGUGUGGAUCUUGUUAUGCUGCCCAACAGAAUAAAUGUAUUUCUGGUGUUACAACCCUAUGUCAUGUAUUUCUAAUAAAAAAAUAAGUCAA